GCCUGGAAGCAACAUUUUUCGUGUCGCAGAGGAGCAGCUAUCAGCAGAAACGAUCAGUGGCCAGAUGCUUCGGUGGGACACACUACGGACACUAGGGACAAUUGGGUUGCUUCUGCUGCCGCUGGUGUGGUUCCCCGGCACAGCGGAGGCGAAUCGGAGUUGUAUUCGGCCCAAUGGCGACCCGGGACGGUGUGUGGCCGCUGCGGACUGCAAAGAGAUCGACAGUUUGCUACGGCAGAGCGUGCUGUACACGGCCCAGCUCGAGCUGAUAACGUCCGUCAGUAAGGCGUGUGAAGGCAGCGCCACUACUGAUGAUUCCUUUUGCUGCACCGCACCGCUCGGAACAACGGUGGCCCCAACAAGAAGACCCACCCGAAGGAGGACCCCGACCACAAGGAUCACAACGGUGGCACCGACAACGACUAUGAAAAGGGGACGCGUUCUGCCCGGGCUUGGUCAGUUCAUGAGGCUCCUGCCGGAACGCUGCGGGGAACGGACACCCGCAAAUCACAUCAUCAGCUCACAGGAAGAUGACGAUCACACGUACAAGUGGGCCGUGUUUGUCCGGAUUCAAAGGGACCCAACACGAUCUGUGACACGCUGCACCGGGACAUUGAUCACCCAGUGGUACGUCCUGACGGCCGCGCACUGUAUGUAUCAUCUGGAGCCGGAACAUGUCAUCCUGUAUCUGGGUUUGUUCGAUUUGCGCGAGUUGAGCGUGUGUCUGGAGAGUGGGCAGUGUCAGGAGCGUCGAGCCACCGAGUUGGUGACGCACGAGGCGUACACUACACGGUACAAUCUGAACGAUCUAUCGCUCCUCCGGAUGGACCGGCCGGUGGAAAACUCGGAUUACAUUCAACCCAUUUGCCUGCCGUUGAAUCAUACGUACGAUGAGGCCAUUCAGUCGCAGGUAUUUUCGUACGGCUGGGGUUCCACUAGCACCGAUGGGCGUGAUGGGGAGAUGAGUAACACCAAGCGGGUGGUGGGCCUGUACGUAGUCUCGCGGGACAAUUGCUCGCAGGCCCUGCGGCAGCAUCUGCAAGGGGGGAAGAUUCCCUCGAGUCAAAUGUGUACGGUGGGCGAUGGUCUGGAGGACGUUUGCAGCGGGGACUCCGGGGCACCGAUAAUAGAGCUGCGCCAUCCGCGGUAUUACAUAGCCGGCGUGGUCAGUUAUGGGCCGAAGUGUGGCUUGAAGCGGGCCCCGGGGGUUUCGACCCGCAUCUCGGAGUACGUCGAUUGGAUACUGACCAGCCUGAAGAAGUAGUUGGACGCGCCAGAAGGGACAAAGGAUCGAGAAACCUUAGUUUCGUAGCCAAAUAAAAUAACUCUCUA